AUGGCAUUGAAAAAGGAUGGUUACAGUGUUGAGAAAGUGGUUGAUGUAUCUAAAGCACAGAUAUUCUAUGGAUCACAGACUGGAACUGCAAAGCAUCUCUCUCUCCAGUGCUCCAACAAGCUGGUCUGUAUGUUCCUAUUGGGUGUGUACACUGACGGACAGCCCACAGAAAAUGCUGAAUGGUUCUGUAAGUGUCUGGAGGAGGCAUCCACUGACUUCAGAUAUGGGAACGCCUACCUGAAAGGACUGAGAUAUGCAGUGUUUGGCCUGGGCAACUCUGUGUAUGGCUGCCAUUACAAUACGGUGAGUAAGAAUGUGGACAAGUGGCUGUGGAUGCUGAGCGGCAUCCGGGUUCUGUCCAGAGGAGAUGGCAACUGCAAUGUAGCGAAUAGCCACAAUGGCAGCGUGCAUGCUGACUUUCUGGUCUGGAAGACCAAGUUCCUGAGCUGCCUGCAGGCCCUGGUUGCAGGGCAGAAGAAGGCCUGUAGUGGAAACUGUAAGAUGGGCAGCUCAUGUAAGACCAGGAACAGGAAGAAACCACAGUCCUCAGUCUUCUCCUAUCAGGCAUUUCCAGAACAGCUCAGCUCUGAGGAGGAGCUGGUAGAGUCCAGUAGUGACAAGGAGACAGCUGGGUCAGAGGAGAAUAGCCCAGGCUCAGUCAUUGAUGUGGAGGAUCUAGGAAACAUCUUGAACGGCAUCAAAAAAGCCAAGAAGAGAGAGCAGAGCCAGGAGGAUGGACAGAUUGUGAAGCUGUCCAGGCUGAACGGAAUGAUGAAGGCUGAAGAAAAGGAGGAGACGAGAGAGUUGAUCACUGCUGCCCUGAGGGAGGCCCUGACUAAAAGGGGAUACAAAGUCAUAGGAAGUCACUCAGGAGGCAAGCGUUGUCGUUGGACCAAGUCCAUGCUAAGAGGAAGAGGAUGUUACAAGCCCUCCUUUUAUGGCGUCGAGUCCCACAGGUGUAUGGAGUCCACCCUUAGCCUCGUCUGUGCCAACAAGUGUGACUUCUGCUGGAGACACCACACUAACCCGGUGGGCUCAGAGUGGCGCUGGAAGAUGGCUGCUGAGAAGAUACUACUGGAGGCUGUGGAGAACCACCAGAACAUGUUCCGACAUCUGGUACCGGUGACCAAGCUGUAUGUGAGUGUGGGUGCCGGCACCAAGGGCAGUCUGAAAAAGAUCGACCGGCUGCUCUUCAACGACUUCUGGCCGAGGUUCCUAGACAGCCUCAAGGAUCUGGUCUCUCAGCAGAGGACAGUGUACAAACUGACUCUGGUGAAGACGUGGACUGUAGACAAACUGAAGGCCUACUCAGAGCUCGCGGGACCUGAUUUCAUUGAGGUCAAGAACCGAUUUCAGAACAAUCUGAAAAGGACUAGGAAUCUCUGCCUGCGGAGCCGUCCGAUGGAGGAGGAGAUGACAGAGCAGGAGCCUCUGGGUUGGACAGAGGAGCCUGUACCUGAGGUAGGAGGAGAAGGAGAGGGAGAGUUACCGGGCUUAGGAACCCCUACCCCCAGAGACCUGAUGGAGAGCCCGGUGAAGGAGCCUGUUGCACUGCAUCUGUACCCCAACACAGAGUAUCAGAAUGGGUAA